AAUUUCAUUCACUUAAUACUUUCAUGACAAAACAAAAUGUGGAGAUUAAAGAUAGCAGAAGGAGGCAAUGAUCCAAAUCUCUAUUCCACAAACAAGUUUAUGGGGAGACAAAUAUGGGAGUUUGACCCGAACCAUGGAACCCCAGAAGACCGAGCCGCGGUCGAACAGGCUCGAACCGAGUUCUGGAACCAUCGACACCGGGUCAAGCCGAGUAGUGAUGUCCUUUGGCGCAUGCAGUUUUUGAAAGAGAAGGAAUUCAAACAAACAAUAGCUCAGGUGAAAAUAGAGGAUUCUGAAGAGAUAUCAUGUGAAAAAGCUACAACCACACUGAAGAGGUGUGUCAGCUUUUUCGCAACCUUGCAGGCCAGUGAUGGUCACUGGCCUGCUGAAAAUGCGGGUCCACUGUAUUUCAUACAACCGUUGGUUAUCUGUCUGUAUAUUACCAGUCAUCUUGACGUUGUUUUCCCAGAAGAAUACCGUAAAGAAAUUCUACGGUAUUUAUAUUGUCAUCAGAAUGAAGAUGGUGGAUGGGGGUUUCACAUAGAGGGACAUAGCACGAUGUUUGGGACAACUUUAAGUUACAUUUGCAUGCGGCUUUUGGGUGAAGGUCUGGAUGGUGGUCUGAAUGGUGCAUGCACCAAAGCCCGAAAAUGGAUCUUGGAUCAUGGCACUGUCACCACUAUCCCAUCAUGGGGUAAAACAUGGCUUUCUAUACUUGGUGUGUGCGAGUGGGCAGGAACCAAUCCUAUGCCUCCAGAGAUCUGGAUCCUCCCUUCUUUUCUUCCUAUGUAUCCAGCUAAACUAUGGUGCUAUUGUCGGCUUGUAUACAUGCCAAUGUCGUAUCUUUAUGGAAAAAGAUUUGUGGGUCCUAUUACUCCUUUGAUUCUACAACUUAGAGAUGAACUUUACUCACAACCCUACAAUGAAAUCAAUUGGAAGAGUAUAAGGCAUUUGUGUGCAAAGGAAGAUUUAUACUAUCCUCAUCCGUUGCUACAAGAUUUAAUGUGGGAUAGUUUAUAUAUUUGCACUGAGCCUUUAUUAAAUCAUUGGCCAUUUAAUAAAUUAAGAAAGAAAGCAUUGGAGACAACAAUGAAACAUAUCCAUUAUGAAGAUGAGAAUAGUCGAUAUAUUACCAUUGGUUCAGUUGUAAAGGCGUUGUGUAUGCUUGCAUGUUGGGUUGAAGAUCCAAAUGGUGUUUGUUUCAAAAAGCAUCUUGCAAGAAUCCCUGAUUAUAUUUGGGUUGCUGAAGAUGGAAUGAAAAUGCAGAGUUUUGGAAGUCAAGGGUGGGAUGCUAGUUUAGCUAUCCAAGCUCUAUUGGCUACUGAUCUUACAGAAGAAAUUGGGACUACUUUGAUGAAAGGACAUGAAUUUAUUAAAGCUUCACAGGUUAAAGAUAAUCCUUCUGGAGACUUUAAGAAAAUGCACAGACAUAUUUCAAAAGGGUCAUGGACUUUUUCAGAUCAAGAUCAUGGAUGGCAAGGUUCAGACACAACUGCUGAAGAAUUGAAGUGUUGUCUCCUACUCUCAACAAUGCCACCAGAAAUUGUUGGUGAAAAAAUGAAACCAGAGAAACUGCAAGAUGCUGUCAACAUAAUACUUUCUCUACAGAGCAAAAAUGGUGGGGUGGCAUCAUGGGAACCAUCAGGAUCAUCAGAAUGGUUGGAGAUUUUCAAUCCUACAGAGUUCUUUGCUGACAUUGUCAUUGAACACGAGUAUGUUGAGUGCACAUCAUCAGCAAUGCAAGCACUAGUUAUGUUUAAAAAGUUAUACCCUCAACAUAGAAGAAAAGAAAUAGAAAGUUUCCUCACAUGUGCAAGUGGAUACAUGGAGAAAAUACAAAUGCAAGAUGGAUCAUGGUAUGGAAACUGGGGAGUGUGUUUUACAUAUGGUACUUGGUUUGCUCUUGGAGGAUUGACAGCUGUCAAUAAGACAUUUGAAAAUUGUCACGCAAUUCGAAAAGGUGUCAAAUUUUUACUUGAAACACAGCUGGAAGAUGGUGGUUGGGGAGAAAGCUACAAAUCAUGUCCAGAAAAGAAAUACAUACCCCUUGAAGGAGGCAGAUCUAACUUGGUGCAUACUGCAUGGGCUAUGAUGGGAUUGAUUCAUUCUCAACAGAUGGAAAGAGAUUCGACACCCCUACACAGAGCAGCUAAGUUAUUGAUCAAUUCCCAGUUAGAAAAUGGUGAUUUUCCACAACAGGAAAUAACUGGAGUCUUUAUGAAGAACUGCAUGUUGCACUAUGCAUUGUAUAGGAAUAUAUACCCAAUGUGGGCCCUAGCUGAUUAUCGCAAGAAGGUGUUGCUAAAGAUAUAAAGAAAUAAAAAGGAAACAGUUUUGAUGUAAUGAAACUUGUAACAUAUUAAGAUUGUUUAAAAU